GGGGAAAAUAACGAUAGGCUUGGCAAAUAGGCUAAUGCCCUUCUUUUUUCUGAGUCGUGUCCCUUUUCUGUUUCUUAGGCGACUACGUAAACUUUCAAGAUGGAUGACAUCUUACAGUACACUGGCAGCAGCUAUGAAGGGGACUAUACAAAUGGAAGAUUGGAGGGAAAAGGAAAAUAUAACUUCCCCACCGAGACACGAUAUGAAGGAGAGAUGAAAGAUGGAAUGUUUCAUGGCAAAGGCUCCUUGUUUUUCCCAAAUGGAAGCAGAUAUGAUGCAACGUGGGAAAAUGGAAUUGCUAUCGAGGGGAAGUACACAUUUGCUGAUGGCCUGGUUUAUGAUGAAGAGAACUGGGAGUAUUGUGAUGGCUAUGACAGACGGUUCUACACUGAGAUUACUGGAAGUCUUAUGCCAGCUGGUCAUGAGCAGCUAGUCAAUAAUGAGCCUCGUCACAAGAUUCCAGAGGGCUGCUACGACUGCGGCGAUGGCUUCUACAAUCCACGGACUAGGGUGGUGGUUGACUACAAUAAUAAAUUCCUGCGGAAUGCUGAUGAUGAUGAGCACAACUGGAUUGUCAAGACUUGUCUCAAAGGCUGGGAUGAGUUCAUUGGCUUCACACCCAAAGUCAAGGCUUGAUGAGGAAAGAUUUCCCGUAAAUUUCAUUUUUGUACACAAAAGAUGUUGAUUUGAUAUUACAGUUAAAUGAUUUGAAAGGCUGAUAUCUUUAACCCUGGUACUUUUAUCAUUGCUGCAUCCCUCGACUCAGAAUCCAUGAAAGAGUUAUUAGCGAUGAUGUCUUGGCUACAAACAAAAGUGAUGUGAAAGAAAAGAUUCAAGAAUUUGAUGUUCUAUAAAAUAAGAUACUGUAAAUUAAGAAUUCUAAUGCUGUAGUGUACUACUUAUGGUUUACAGAAACUUACACAACUGUCAAAUUUGUUUACUUAAUUAAUUUUUUUUCCAACUGAAUGUUUUGUCAAAUGUGUUUUUCGUUCUUUUAGCCAACACAUUUUGUAAAUAAACGAUCACAUAAUGCUUCAUUAUGUUUUGCGAAAUA